AUGGGAUUUACGGCCGUAACGUAUAUCAUAUAUCAAUUGCGGGAAAUUAACCGGAAAGUUACCUUUAGCGCUCAGCAUGUUGGCGAGAGCCGUAACUUCAGUGAAAAGGUAGUGCUGGUCACCGGAUCUAACAGUGGUAUCGGCGCCGGUAUUGUCAAACUGUUUGCCAGUUUAGGCGCCUAUGUUGUGGUCACCGGCAGGAAUGAGGCCAGGAUUAAUCGUGUGUUCAAUGAGUGUCAUAGAUUAUCACCAGAAUUUUUUACACUGAAGACCAACACAUACUAUGCCAUACAGAACCAGAGGACCAGCAAAUUCCUCAUAUGGUUCGGCAAAACGGGAACCAUUGCUGAAGACCUCGAUGUAAAAAAGGCCAAAUUCUGGCACAUAUUUCACAAACUGGACAACGGAUGGUAUAAAAUGAUGCAUCACUUCAAUAGCCAUACCGUACGGAUCGGCAAAUCCCAUGACGAAGGCUUUUAUCAUAUCUACAACAAGGACUGCUUCAACGCCGAGCACCCGAACGCUGACGCGGACAUCAACGGGACGAUCAUGUGUUUUAUACCGUCGGUCAAAACCGAUUACCUCGAGUUUAAUUGGCGUUUUCUCGAGAAACAGGGGUCCAAAAAGUCGAUUCCUGUUAACGACAAGUCAGUGGACUCGACCUCCAGUCGACACCCAAACCCUCUGUUCAAAGCGCUGAUACCCCUGUUUGCACUGGUCAUCAUUGGUAUUGGUAUAUAUGUGAUAAAGCUCCGUGGUAAUUCAUUCCAGGGCUCGCCCACUACUGUUCUCUACAAUCAUAGCAACCCGGCCUAUGCACCCGAUAUGCCGGUAACCCAUGACCCGCCACCGUAUAUACCGCAGCAGAGUUAUAACAACGCAAGAUUGUACUGAUUAAUUAAAU